AUGCAAGUGUCGUCCAUUCAGCCUGUUUUUAAACUAGAGUUAAAUCACAAAGUUAUACCGAGGAUUGUGACCAUCGCUAAAUAUGAUGGCACACACCCAUGCUUGACUGCAUCUGCUGGAUAUGAUAAAAUUAUCAUCCAUCAUCCUCACGGUGGUGUGGUUAGCGGGCGGGCCCAGCGUUCACAGGCUCAUGGCGAGAUUUCCGAGCUAAGUCUCAGUCAAGCUGUCGUUGCCCUAGCAGCAGGUUCUCUUAGACCAGACACUAACCGAGAUAUGUUGCUUAUUGGAUCACCGUCGCAAAUACUGGCUUAUGAUGUCCAUGAUAACACCGAUCUGUUCUUCAAAGACGCUCCCGACGGAGUAAAUGUAAUAGCUGUGGGUACUUUCGGAAAACACAGUGAGCCGUUGGCUUUUGUUGGCGGUAAUAGUUCCGUACAAGGUCUCAGCUGGCAAGGGACUGAAUUGUUCUGGAACGUUGUAAGCGGGAAACUUCUGGUCGGCUCUGAUGAUUUUUAUAUAAGAGUGUUGAAAAACAAUCAAUUCAUAAUGGAAAUAGCGGAAACUGGCCCGAUCGUAUGCUUGUCUCCAGUUACGGAAGUCAGAUUCUCAUAUGGGCUCGCUAAUGGCACUAUCGGGAUUUAUGAAGAAGGAAUUCGACUCUGGAGAGUAAAGUCGAAGCAAAAUGCCUUGGCUCUGCAAUGGUCAGGUGAAAUGCUAGCUUGCUGCUGGAAUAAUGGUCGCGUGGAUUGGCGCGAUGGUGCUACAGGAAGGGUGCUCCGUCGUGUGCAGAUGCGUUCUGGUGCGGCAGCCAUGUUACUGGCAGAUUAUAGGUCUAUGGGUAUUCCCGAUUUGGUCUGCGUCUCGGAUAAGGGCGAAGAAGAGGAUAGGCUUGCUAUCACAGAAUUGUUUAACAAAAAGCAAGCGCUGAUGAUAGAAUUACAACAUUACGAAUCGAACGCUGCAAGUGGUAAUAUUAACAUGGAUAUUCUGGAACGACCACCAACCGCAAUGCCAACAAAUACAAAACUCCAAGUGGCAGUCAAUGCUUCACUCGAAAAUGUAAGCUACUCGUAUAAUUCAAUGUUGGAUUAAGGGGGCGUAAAGCCAGUAGGGACAGAGGAUGACGAAAUACGAAAAAUAAGUUUUUAAUUUAUUAUUCGAAAACUAUGUGAUUAUUAUAAAAGCGGUGCAUAAUUCCCUCAGCUAUAAAAUAAGUCAUAUAUUGUGAGCUUAUUUAAACGUUUUUAGAGUUCCGUAGUAAACAAGGAACCCUUAUAGUUUCGCCAUGUCCGUCUAUCCGUCCGCGUUUUAGCUCAAAAACACAAGUAUACGUUAAUUACGCCUACAAAGUGAUAAAGUAAAAUUUCAAUAAAAGAAUAUUUUGCGUACCUACAUAUAAAAUGGGGUGAUAUUUUUUUUUUCGUUUUCCCCAUAGUGUGGAACUUCACUGGAUAGGUCUCUCAAGAACAUUGGUAGUGUGGGAAAGCCGUUUUUCGAUUUAGUAGACUGUUUGUGGCUUAUUAAGCUUUAAAGAGCCAACUUUAGUCAGAAUAAAUGACCCUCCCCCUCUACCAACUAAACGGUUGUUGGUAAAAAUUCAAACGUUACGGUAGUAGUAUCGAUAUAUGUAUAACGAACUCAAAAGGAAAACUAUCACACUUAAGUUGGCUUAAUUAGUUUACGAGUAAUAGUCGACCAAUUGUAUUUAACUCGAAAAUUUCGAACAACUUCAUGCAAAACAACAAACUUGAUUUUUUUACUUAUUUUAAUUGUACGGAACUCUUUGUGCGCGUGUCGAUUUUUUCUUUAUACAAAGCUAGUAGGAAAUUAGUGAUUUUGGGUGUACACGAUAUAUUUAUCAAUCACAACUCAGCGACAUACACCUAUGUGGCAGUUCGCCAAUAUCCUCGACUGUAAGUAGUUUUUAAUUUCUUUUCUAUCAAGCUAAAUAGACUAUUUAUUUUAUAGUGUUGUUUAAAUCUCACAAUAUCCACUAAUAACGACACCAUAGUCCGAGCAGCAUUGGUUCUCGCUGAAGGAAUAUUCGAGACUGGUGAAACAUUAGCGCGGCACCCGGCUCCUGCAAAUCUCCGUUCUAUCCUUCAGAUAACUCUGAAGCCACCAAGAGAUGUACCAGUUGAUGUUCAUAUUAAGGUACAGUUUUCAAUCAGUAACGCUGGGCAUGGUGAAUAGUGAGUCUUGUUUCAAUAACAUUAAGGUGUAAAAUAUAAUGAUAUACAGUCAGCGGGUGUCAAGCGCGUGGAUAUUGGUUUAUCUCGUCAUACUUUGCGUUUUGCGUUUUGCGCACCUGCGCAUCAAUGUAUCAAAUACAUCAAUGAGGUUCAUUAAUUGUAUCUUACUUUAAACUGUAAAGGUAAUUCAGAAUUAAAUCUUUUAUUAGGGUUCCGUACCCAAAGGGAAAAAUGGGACCACAUUACUAAGACUCUGCUGUCUGUCACUUUGCCUGUCACCAGGCUCUAUCUCAUGAACCGUGAUAGGUACGAGGGUCAAACUGAAAGUUCUUAGAAAAUCAAAAACUGAUUACAUUA